CUGAAUAACAUCGAAAGCUCACUCCCGCAACCAGAUCUACUUCGUCACUCCCUCACUCACUCCAUCUCCAUCCACGGGACCCGCUAACCCAGAAAAGCGUUUCCCAUCUUGCACCGCUCGAAGUGCUUCCCUUUCCGGGUUCAACCUCUUGCUUGAUUGGACCCCUGAUUUGGUGUAGGAUGUAGGUCUCUUCAAGCUCCACAUCGAUGACUGUUUGAUCCCCCCACCGGGCAUGGAUUGGACCUGGUGCGUGGCCAUGGCGAGGAGGGUUCCGAGGAGGGUCUGGCUGGGCUCCCAAACUUCGAUGGGUCUCCUCGUGGGUGGGAAUCACACCUCCUCCAGGUUUUGCACCCGCUAAAUCUCGCUCUCCCAACUGCUCUGCCGGCUUCAAUCUCUCUCUGUCUCUCUCUCUCUCUCUCUCUCUGUUGAAAGUUUCACGAAUUGAUCGAAAAGAUCUGAACUUGAUCGGAAAGAUCUGAACUUUGCACGAAUUGCUCUGGGCUUGAACUGAUCGAAUCCCCCACCGUAAGGGAUGGAUUACAAGGCAUUGAGAUACCAGAUUCUUCAUGGGUAUAUCGCGAGGCGCGUGCUUCUCCGCACGCUUAUGAUAGCCUCUGCUAUUUCUCUGUUCCCUUUGCUGCAUGUGCUGUCCGGUGGGAAUCCGGCAUUUUUCGCUCCGGCGAAUUCCGAUAAUUGCGCCGCCGACCCGGGUAACUUUGGCCAAUUUAUGUUUUCCGGCGCUUAUUUGAUUCCCAAUUGGAUGUUGGAACCGAUACGGGGUUCGUUCGAAUCCGUCGAGUGCAAAGAGGAUGUGAAUUUGACUCUAAAUGUGGUUGGAGAGCUAAUGAGCAAGCACUUGUUGGAUUAUAGCGCGAAUGCUCUCUGUGCCGGAGAAGGCUCGUCUGCCUGCGUUUAUGCAUUGCACGAGUUGGGGUUCUCCAAUGCUUGCGGGGUGUACGGACACCCUUUUUUCUCCCUGAAACAAAAGCAUUUGGUUUACGACCUGAGCUACGAGGAUAAUUCCUUCGAUUUCGUAUUCUCCAGGGACCUUGAUAAGGUGUCGGUCCCUGCAUUGCUCGUGCUCGAGAUUGAGCGCAUGCUUAAGCCCGGCGGAAUUGGGGCUAUGCUUGUCAGUGUUAGCGGUUCCAACCCGAACAGCCUCAUUAGGUCGGCAACGCCAGUUUCUUCGCUGCUGAAAGCUUCCAGCGUCAUUCACGUGGGUUUCAUGAAUGAUUUCAGUCUUGGUGUGAUGAAUGACUUCACUCUGGUGGUUUUCAAGAAGAGGGUUGAAAAUGUGGGUUUUUUUGGGCAAUAUAGACUUCCGGACAACUGCCCAUCAAUUAUUAAGAGUAAAGCCUUUAUCGAUCUCAUGGAGCCUCUUGUAGAGGAAAAGCCAAUGGAAUCAAAGCCAAAAGAUUCCUAUUUACCGAAAUUCGUAGAUGUUUCGUUGGCGAAGCAAAUGACCUAUAUAGUUAUUGGAGCAGGGGAGCACCUGAAUUCUGUCCAUGUGAAUUGGUUCCUGCCAUCUUAUCCAGUGGACAUCCGAGCAUUUAACAUUUAUUUCGUCGACCACAACACUUCAGUGCUUUCAUCUUAUGUCAAGAAGCCUGGUAUUAACUUUGUUUAUCACCCAGGGCUGGUGGGAAACAAGGGCACAAAUAAUCUUGGAGAUGAUCCUGAGUUUGAUCCUUAUCUGGGAAGUGAAGGUUUUGACGUUCUUGCUUGGUUCAAGGAAACAGUGAAGCAUGCUGACUUCGUGGUUAUGAAGAUGAAUACCGGGGAGCUAGAACUGAAAUUCCUGGUGGAGUUAUUCGAGAGCGGAGCCAUCUGCUCGGUUAACGAGCUCUUCCUCCAUUGCUCGGACCCUUUGCAAGGCAUUGGACAAAUGAAAGGGGGAUGUAUGGAUCUGUUCAAAGGCCUGAGAAGCACUGGUGUGUUUGUUCAUCAGUGGUGGGGAAGUUAGACUCUAUUCCAAGUUUCGCGGUCUUGUUGUUUUCAGGUUGUGUCGUUUGCUUUGUCAGUUGCUCGCUACAUACUUCCGAGGAAUUACACCUCCCGUGUGCAGAUGAGCCCCAUAGAUGGAGUUCACAUAGCAUGGGAGAUGAAUGCCCUGAGGAGUACUGAAUAAUUUCCGUGUGUCCUAGGAAGCUCUGCUUUCUGGUGUGUUUCGAAUUUCCGAGUCAGUCCGUGGUCUAGUCCUUUCUGCUUUGAUGUGUGGGGGAAAAUGUAUGUUGCUUCUUGGUUGUGCUCUAGCACCACAUGACAUGAGCAACCAUUUCUUCUCCACCUUAUGAAUAAGAAGAACCUCGUCAUUAUAAUA